AUGGCAGGCUAUAUCGACACUCCCAAAUUAAGUGAGGCCUCGCGCCUCUCCAAUCUUCUCGACCUCGAAGGACUCUCUCCAGAGAAAUCCUUUGCGGUCCCUUCACAGCCACGAGACCUAAUCAGCCAAAUGAGAAGUGCCAAAAUGCAUGGUAUCGACCUGAAGACACCACGGACCGGCACUCGUGAUCCAUUGCGACUACUACCCAACGGCAACCAUCCCAAAUCAGAGUUCUCUCCAUUCAUGAAAAGCGCCACAAAGAACAACAUGUCACGUCGCCUAUCCAGCAAGAAGCCCGUCUCGGCCUAUACCCCUUCCUUACCUAGACUCGUGGACAUGUCCCAACUCGAAGGCGAAAACACAUCCAGUUCGGCUGGGCGUGUGAUAGACGACACCCCCAUUCCCCAACAAGCGAGUAGCGCGCAUAGCACACCAUUGGCUCAGCUGCCGGCACGAGACAAGGGCGGACUUCUGAAUGAUGGAAACCUAAUGACCCUGCGUGAACAGGAGAACAUCAUCGACAAGAUUGAGAAGGAGAACUUUGGACUGAAAAUGAAGAUACAUUUCUUGGAAGAAGCACUGUCUAAGCGAGGCAAUGAGUUCAAUCAGGCUGCUCUCAAAGAAAACACAGACUUGAAGGUGAAUCGCAUCACCAUGCAACGCGAGUUACACAAGUUCAAGAAGAACAUUGCACAGGCCGAAAAAGAUGCAGAAGUGUACAGACUCCAGCUAGAAGAGUUUAAAGAGCGGAUGAGACGCAAGCAGAUCGAUGAGAGUAUCCGUAUCGAGCUCGAGCACUUACGGCACGAGGCCGACGCAAAAGACAAGAAGAUUGAGAUGCUCGAAGACGCACAAACUAAAGCUCUCGACCAAGAUUUGUCCGGCUCACGGAGGCUCAAGGAUGAGAUUGAGGAUUUACAGGCUGAAGUGAGGGAGAAAGACCGCAUGAUUGACGAGCGAGACGAUCAGAUCGAUGCCCUCAAGAUGAAAGCCAGUAAGGAUUCCAACGAGAUGGCGGAAGUGGAAGAAGAACUUCAAACAGCCAAAGAAGAGAUUGAUCAACUCAAAUACAGCCUUGCCCGACUCGAGACUCAACUCCAGGACGCAAAGGAGUCGCAAGAGGAAGCAUCAGAGGAGAAGAGAAGAGCCGAAGAAGACUUGGACGAACUCCGAGAUGAGAUGGCCAAUAAAUCUUUUACGACCAAGGGACUUAGUCGCCAACUAGAGGAAAAGGCCGGCAGGCUCGAGGACGAGCUACAUGAACUUCGAGAACUGUACGAAAAAUCCGAGUUUGAGCUGGCACAGAAGUCCGAUGCGGAGAAGCAGCUACGAGAACGGCUCCGGGAUCUAGAACGAGAGGGCGCGUCGGAUAAGCGCAGAGUCCAGCAAGAUCUUGAAAUUUCUCAGCAGCAGUGCGAAACGCUAGAACGCAAGCUUACAAGCAUGUCUAAGCAACUCGAGGCCAUAGAGAAGGACCUUCAAGUCAAGACCGAUGAGAAGGAUCUCCUUCAGAAUCGACACGAUGCUCUUACGAUAGAAUCAGCCGAACUCCAGAAAGACCUCGCCAAAGCGCGCAAAUCGGUCCAGGAUGCCGAAUUGGCCCUUGUGGAUGAGCGCCAGAGGGCGGUUAGAAGCGACAACGUCUUGAGAACCCAACAUAAGCAAGAACUCGACCUACUCCACGAGCAAAUCGACGGGCUUCACCGUGAAGUGGCCGCCAAAGAAAGCGAACAUGCGGCACAACUCGAAGCAUGGGAGGCACAGACACGCGCACUCGAGAGUGCUACUGCGAAGGCUGAGGAGAAAUCUAAAGGCCUGCAGCGGACGGUGGACAAACUUCAAGACGCCCAAGGAACACUCUCAGGCCGCGAGCUGAAACUACAAGAGGCCGUAGAGAGCGAAAAGUGCCGUCACGACGAAGAGGAAAAAGUGCUAUUCAGGCAGAUUUCUGAACUGCAACAAGAUCUUGCGACAAAGCGAAACGUGGUCGACCAAGGCCGGAUUGAACUGAGUAAUGCAAAGGAAGAACUGCGAAUCUCGAUCCGGGAACAAGCUACGUUGAAAGAGAAGGUGGCGGAACUCGAGGACGAAAUCGAAAUCUUACAGGCCGACAUUGAACAAGAACAUGAAAUGGCCCAAAUGCAGCAACAAAAGAGCUCGACAAAUUCCGACAGCCUAGUCCAGAAACUCCGACUCGAGAAGCAACAGCUACAAGGCCAGCUUUCGGACGCAAAAAUAGGAAUCAAGAAUGCCGAGUUAGCCUUAGAAGCAAUGGAGAAAGAGCGAGACGAUCUCGAGGCCAAGAUGAAGAUGCAGCAUGCGCAAAAGUCUAAUGACGACACGUUCAACGUCGAUCACGAGAAGCGGGAGCUUAAGCGACAAAAGGUCAGAUUAGAGAAAGAGGUCGCUCAGUUGACGGCAGAACGAGACAACCUAGUCAAGACCAACGAUGCUCUAGAGGACGAGAUCAAUGCCGAAUUGGAACGCGCGACUGAGGAAGAGAAUCGGCUCCAAGCCGAGAUUGAAUCCCUUCGCACCCAGCAGAUGUCUAAAGGAGAGAAUAGAGACCGUGAACUGAACUCUACCCGGAGUAAAGUGGCUCGAUUGGAGGCUCGCAUCAAGGAGCUAGAAGAAUCGUUACAGAACCAGUCAGGCAUGGCCUUGUCGCCCGACACGGAUAUCUCUGAGCUGAGACAUGAUCUCGCUAAAGCCCGCAAAAGCGAGACGGCAUCAUCGAAGCGCGAGUCUGACUUGAAGUCUAUGAAUCGAGAUCUAAAAAUGCGGGUCAAUGAUCUGGAAAGAGAGUUACAUGAAGCCAAUCUCGCUCAGUAUAAGGCUAAAUCUCCAUCGAGGUCGCCACCUCCGUCAAGUUCUCAGGAACUUGGUCAAAUACGCCAGCAGUUGGCCGAUACACAAGCCGAAGUCCAAGCACUCAAGGCGGAGAAGAAUGAGCUUAAAGCACGGGCUAAGAAGCUCACUGAGGAACACGAAGACAUUAACAACAUGUCGAUACAACUCUCGGCGCGUGAUAGUGAGGCUCGUGAAAUGAAGCAUCAUCUCCGACGUCUACGAAAAGAGCGAAGUGUGGCUAACAAGAAGGCGGAGGAGGUCGAGAUAGAACUAGAGUCUCUACAAAGCAAGUACGAGCAUAUGCUAGAACGGCUGAGCUCGGGCAAGUCUAGCAAGGAGGAGAUACGUGAGAGAGAGGUCAAAGGACUGGUGAAGGAGAUCAUAUGGCUUAAGGCACGUUUCAGAAGGGAGGAACGAUUGAGGAAAGACCUGGCUUGGAGCAAAGGAUUCCUAGAGCAAGGUGAAGUGAUGAGAGUUCAAUGCAACCAAGUUGACCUCCGAAUCCUCAAUGAGAUGGGCGUGUCUGUGGAUCAGGCCAAAUAUGAGCGCAAACUGAAACCGGUACAGAAGUUCCGUGCUGGAGUGCUCGUGGUGAUGGCUGCGAUCAGAAUGAGCAAUAUGGAAGAGUCAUGGAGGGAUGCCAGACUGCUUGGGGAAGAGUUGAAAUUGGUGCGAGCGAAACAGACACGACCAAGAUCCAAGUUUGCACGAGUCGUUGAGCUUUGAAGUUAGGUAGAGUCGAUGUUUGAUUGAUGGGGGCGCAAAAAAGAACGAAAUUGUUCUUGGAACAAGUCAACGAAGUCACGAAUGUUGAUCAUCAUCAUAGUCUCGAUGAGAUCGGAA